GGGAGCCCCCUUUUCUUCCCAGCCUUCGGUCAGACCUGCACCAAGAACAGCCACACAUCAUCAUCAAUCAUCAAUUAAGGCACGUAGACUCCAGAAAGCUACUAGAACAAUCCAGCCUUGCUAGCUGCCGGGGGGAAUCUCACUUGAGAGAAACGAAGGAGGAAAGAAACGUGAUGAGUUUUAAGCAGGGUUUAAGCGGCGUCCAGGCGGCGGCGGAGGAGCAGGAGAAAUGGGUGGACGACUCCUCCGUCGACCACCGUGGCCGGCCUCCGCUCCGCUCCGCCACCGGCUCCUGGAAGGCGGCCUUUUUCAUCAUCCUGAUCGAGUUCAGCGAGCGGCUGAGCUACUUCGGGAUCGCGACGAGCCUGAUGCUGUACCUGACCAAGGUGCUGCAGCAGGACAUGAAGACGGCGGCCGAGAACGCCAACUACUGGAUGAGCGUCACCACGCUGAUGCCGCUCCUCGGCGGCUUCCUCGCCGACGCCUACCUGGGCCGCUUCUCCACGGUCCUCUUCUCCACCCUCAUCUACCUCAUGGGCCUGGCCAUCCUCGCGGUCUCGCAGCUGGCGCCGGCCCUCAAGCCCACGGUGUCUCUGCGGCGGCACGAGACGCUCUUCUUCGUGGGGAUCUACCUGGUGUCCGUGGGGACCGGCGGCCACAAGCCGGCGCUCGAGAGCUUCGGCGCCGACCAGUUCGACGGCGGCCACCCCGGGGAGCGGCGGCAGAAGAUGUCCUACUUCAACUGGUGGAACUGCGCGCUCUGCUCCGGGGUGCUGCUCGGCGUCACCGCCGUCGUCUACGUCCAGGAGCGCCUCGGCUGGGGCGCCGCCGACCUGCUGCUGGCCGCCGUCAUGGCGGGUUCCCUCGUCGUCUACCUCGCGGGUUACCGGACCUACCGCUUCCGGGUGCCCGACGGCAGCCCGCUCUCGCCGCUCCUCCGGGUCGCCGUCGCCGCGUUCCUCAAGCGCCGGCUCCGACUCCCCAACGACGCCGCUGAAUUGCACCACGAGGACCUCGGUGCGCUGCCGCCGCAGGAAGGCGGCAGCAAGAAGAAGAAGAAGAGGAUGCUCUGCCACACCGAGCAGUUCCGGUUCCUCGACAAGGCGGCGGUAGUGGACGGGGGGAAGUGGCUGGCGACGGUGACGGAGGUGGAGGAGACGAAGCUGGUGCUGGCCAUGGUGCCCAUCUGGCUGACCACGCUGGCCUUCGGCGUCACGGCGGCGCAGGUAUCCACCUUCUUCAUCAAGCAAGGCAGCGUCAUGGACCGCCGCCUGGGGCCGAGCUUCGAGAUCCCGCCGGCGUCCGUCUUCGCGCUCGCCGCGGUCGGCAUGAUCCUCGCCGUGGCCGCCUACGACAAGCUCCUGGAGCCCUACGUGCGGCGCGCCAAGGGCGCCGCCGCGGAGCGCGGGAUCAGCAUCCUGCAGCGGAUCGGCGUCGGCAUGGGCUUCGGCAUACUCGCCAUGGCCGUGGCGGCCGCCGUCGAGCGGCGCCGGCUCCGAUCGCCAUCGCCGGCGUCCAUGUCGGUGUUCUGGCUGGUCCCGCAGUUCGUGCUGAUGGGCGUCGGCGACGGGUUCGCACUCGUGGGGCUGCAGGAGUAUUUCUACGAGCAGGUGCCAGACAACAUGCGCAGCCUCGGCAUCGGGCUCUACCUCAGCGUCAUCGGCGCCGGGAGUUUCCUCAGCGGGGUGAUCAUCGCCGCGGCGGACCGAGCGACCUCCGGCGGUGGGAGUGAAGGGUGGUUCGGCAAGGACCUCGCCCAUAGCAGGCUCGACCUCUUCUACUGGCUGCUCGCCGUCAUUGGAGCAAUCAAUCUGGGCUUCUACGUGCUGGUCGCCACAAGGUACUCGUACAAGCAAACCGUCGCCAAGGCCGCUACCGCGUCCAGCGCCAGGGUCGGCCACGACAUCGAAUGCGCCAACGUUGCCGGCGACACUGCUUGAUUAGGGGCAGCCGAUCGUAUCGAACAGGUGCAUAUUUAUGGCAAUUGUAAUCGAUAUCAGUAGUGGCUAGUCAUGGCAUCGUUCUUCGUUGUGAUCGAGUUAUAUCUUAAACUGUAAGGAUUGUAUAAUUAGGAUCGUUCUACAUAUAUGUUUUGUUUGUGGAAUCGAUUGAUCGAUUCCGUGUUCUAUACAAAGUGUAUUAUACAAAUGUGUUGCAUGGUCCCAUGCCAAUUAAUCAUUUUGCGAGCUUCUCACA